GUUUGUGAUCAUGAAGCAACAUUGUGUCAGGCUGUUGAAAUGGUUUGCACUGUAUUGUUACAGUAGAUCUGGUUGAACUUGGACGCAUUAAUCAAAGGAAAACUUCAUAUCGGCUCAACUCAACUUCAAGGAAAAAAAGGGGUGCAGAGAUGAAGUUUGUCGAGCUGGAUGACUCCAUCAGUCGCUUCAGGUUUGCUCAGUCCUGUCUGGGAUUAGCAGGGUGUCUGUGUGUGUGCUACGCAGUCUGGACCCCCUUCUGGCUGAACGGCAGGGGGCUGUGGGCUGAGUGGAACAACACCAGAACCGAGCAGACCAACCGCAAGGAGGAUUUUGUCUUGAAUGCUCUGGAAGCGGAACGAGUGUUUGCCGUUGUCUCCGUCCUGCUGGCCGUGAGCACCGGCGUCCUGUGCCUGGUGUUUGCCUUCUGCUGGACGUCUCAGACGGUGCGGUCCUACUCCAACACCCGCUCUCUGCUGAUGGCUGGGCAGGCCCUCUACCCCACCACGCUGCUGCUGCUCACCAUGGCCUCCACAGGUUUCUUCUUCCUCCUAUGCUGGGCUUUUUUCACCUAUCAGCACCGGACAGAAAUCAGCCAGGACUUCUCCAGCUUGGGCUCCUCGUACUGGCUGGGAGCUGUAGGUUGGACAUUACUCCUGAUCGUGGAGCUGGCCGUCUUCAUUGCGGAGCAAAUUAUCGUACCGGACAUCCUGCCAGACUUGGAAAAAGCCGUGGAGUCAUGGAGGAUUUCCUCUCAACUUAAAGCUGCGAAGCGGUCUUUCAGCGACAGUUACUUCUCCGCCAACCUUGGAAGCGACUUGGCUUUAAAGAGGUAUAUGUCGUCACCUUGAGCAAGAGUUCAGGAAUAAGGACACGGCGGAGAAAAUGAAAGUACGUGUUCGAGUUGCACGCUGAUGCACACGGACUCAAUCUGAAUCCUAAAGGGCAAAGGAAUUGAAGGCCUCAGCUUCGUGCAUGACUGACUGUUGUGGCUAUUCCCCGCUUUAUUUUUCCAUUUUGGAUUGAAAUGAAAAUGCUGUGGGGCCCAGCGGUGCCGCGAGACGAUUGGGCAUCGAAUGUGAGGUCCUAACUGUAAACAUGUGAUAUCUUUUGUCUGGUUUUAUUCUCAGCUGGGAAUAGAUGAACACCGACAUACAAAACACUAUCAAACAACACUGACUGUCUUCCUUCAUGAAGGCGCUGCAGUGCGCUUCAUGAAUGUUAGAAUAGUGCCACCUUGUGAUGAUCAUGAGAGACUUCAAACUGUUCUCAAGACAAAAAAGAAAACAUGGACUGAGAUGUCUUGCUGCUAGUUUCCCUGAACUUCUCCACAGCUGAUGUCAGUUUGUUUUAUUUUCCUAUUUUGUUGAUAUCAUCCUUGAGACUGAAUAUUAUUGUCACAUUUAUUUAUGUUUUUGUCCAUAUUUGUAGAAGCUUGAGAAGCUUGAGAAUGUCUGGAUUUAAGAGGGGUGCUUGUACUUUCACUCACUAAUCUACAUCGUUUUUAUCUACCUUUUGGUAGGCAAUGAGUUUAUUCUUUAAACAGAGAACAUUUCCUCUCAGUGAGCUACAUCUGUUUAGAAAACAAAUUGCUUUGUUGUGUUUUAUUUGUCUAAGAAGUGCAGAUGUGAACCAAAUGCCUGACAAUGCAGUAAACCUUUCUGAA